AUGGCCGAAGAAGAUUCACUAUCGUCGCUUGAGCAGAUGAAACUCUGCUACCAGGUAAUUCCCUCCAUCGAGGACGAUCCCAACCAAGAAGUCCCAGCUAGCAACCUUGCCAUUGCCCACGAUAACUUCUCAGGUCCAUUCGAUCUGGCCAUUGGGAAGGACAAAUUUUGGAGGGUCGGACAAACCCUGAAAGUUUCCUGGUGGGAUGGCCCAGGCCAGACUGCUACAGAUGCCCUUCGACGGAGAGUGAAACUCGCGGCCAAACAGUGGGACGCGAUCUGCAAUAUCAGCUUCGACUUCGGCGACUACGGCAAAGAUGCAGAUAUCCGCGUGGCAUUUCAGCCUAAACUAGGAUCGUGGUCGUAUGUCGGAAGAGACUGUUUCAAGGAGGAUCGAUCGAAACCAACCAUGAAUUUUGGCUGGUUGACUGAUAGAUCCUCCGACGAAACAGUUCGCUCUGUGGUCCUUCAUGAGUUCGGCCAUGCAUUGGGUUGCAUCCAUGAACAUCAGAACCCUAGUCUUGGAAUCAACUGGGACGUACAAAAGGUUAUACAAUAUUUCAAGGCCCCACCGAACAAAUGGGAUGAGGACAAAAUUCGACGAAACAUUCUCAAUCCCGUAUCGACAUCCAUGAACAGUGUUUUCGACCCAGACUCCAUCAUGCUAUACUUCUAUCCUGCAGAACUUACACUCGACGGUAAGGGAACACAUGAAAAUAUGCAGUUGUCCGCCAUGGACAAGAAUUUCAUUCGAAAACUCUAUCCGCCACAGGGGCGCACCGAUGGAUUUUUCGAUACGGACGAGCUUGCGUCCAAAACUUCUUCCUCAGGCAAGGCUGACGUGGGCGCGUCACCAGCUCCCGGCCUCUUCAACACCGUAAAAGUCCCAUUCGAGCCCGCCUAUCAAUCACCCCCAAAGGUAGCCAUCGGCUUGACACGCAUUGAUAUGAGUUGCAAGGCAAACAAAGCGGUCGCGGCGACCGUCGACCACAUUGCCGCAGAUUCGGCGGAAGUGUCAGUCAGCACAUGGGACACGAGCAUAUUGAACGGAGGUGCAGCAACUUGGGUCGAGGCUGAGGCUACAGAUACUCAGUGGCAGUUUGGCGAAUUCAAUACGCAAGAGCAGCGAGAAAGGAACGACACGAGUUCUCAAACAGCCGAAAAGACCGUCUACUUCGAAGAGCCGUACACGACACCUCCAGCAGUCGUCGUGGCUCUUAAACUUAUCGACCUCGAGAAUCAUAAGGAUUACCGCGUGAAAGCAUACGCCACGGACAUCCACGAAGAUCGAUUCACGAUUCAUAUCGAUACCUGGGGAGACUCAAUUCUGUACGCGGGCGCUGCCUCCUGGAUUGCGUAUCCGGCGGACUUGGCAAAUUCGACCAGCGGCUCCUUUACUACAAAGGAAAACGUGUCGAAGUCGACGGACAGGUUCAAGUUUCCCGACGGUAAAUUUGUAAAGACGCCUACUGUGCGCAUCUUCCUCAACAUGAUCGACAUCAAGUGCGGCACAGAUUUACGCAUCAAGGUUUGGGCGGAUCAGGUCAAUCAGCAUGGAUUGAGUUGGCAUGCCGACACUUGGAAGGAUACACAGUUGCGCCAGGCUAGUGGUUCGAUCCUUGCCUGGGCAUGA